AUGGGUACCUCCACCAAGCGUGAUGAAUGUGUUUACAUGGCCAAACUGUGUGAGCAGUGUGAACGUUACGAUGAAAUGGUGAAAGCCAUGAAAGAAGUUUUGGAAACUGGUGCCGAACUUACUGUCGAGGAAAGGAAUCUCUUAUCUGUUGCCUACAAGAACGUCGUUGGUGCUCGUCGUAGCUCGUGGCGUGUAAUUAGCAGUAUCGAGCAAAAGCAUGAGGGUGACCCCAAGACGGUCAUUGCUAAGAAAGUUCGAGAAGAGAUAGAAAAGGAACUCCAGGCUACUUGCAAGGAAAUCCUUGAGUUGCUUGAGAAGACUUUGGUUCCCGCUGCCAAGACUGCCGAGUCACAGAUUUUCUUCUUGAAAAUGAAGGGUGAUUAUCACCGCUAUGUUGCCGAGUUUUGCACCAAUGAGGAGCGCAAGACAGCCUCUGAAAAUAGUCUCAUUGCUUACAAACAAGCUACAGAAGUUGCCGAAAAGGAAAUGCCAACCACAAACCCAAUUCGUCUUGGCCUUGCUCUAAACUUUUCUGUCUUCUAUUAUGAAAUCAUGAACGACCCUAACCAUGCUUGUGAACUUGCAAAGAAGGCUUUUGAGGCGGCUGUUGCUGAGCUCGAUUCGCUGCCGGAAGAGAGUUAUAAGGACGCUACUCUCAUAAUGCAGCUCUUACGCGAUAAUUUGACCCUGUGGAAUAGCGACACUACGUGCGAUGCUGAAGGACCGGACCUCAAAGAAUAA